GAAUUCCUUGCGGUAUCGGCUUCUCCAGGGACACGUUUGGACAUUUAAGGAAGAGAUUUGAAAAACUGUAAUUGUAGUUCUAGGAAGUCAUCCCAAAGGAAACGUCCAUGGGUUAUGCAGCUAUUAGUUUAAAUAACAAAAAGUACGGACCACCGUGAACCAUGAAAUCGUGUGUAACUUGAGGAGUUGUUCAUGUUACCGGUGGGAGAUUCUGCAUUGUGUGAAUGGAGGUCUCGGUUCUUGGAUUCCCCACGAAAGAAUAAGCUGAGGAUCCGCGCUUGAAUAAAGACAGCUAGAAGAAAGGCAGCAAGCACAAAGCAGCUUUUUAAGAACCGUACACUUUCAAGGAUGUGGGCUUAGGCAUGGGCUGCACACCCUGACUUCCUUCCACAGGGCACCGCACCGAAAGGGGGCAGAGAGUAACUUCACAGUGGAGACACCUGACAGAGGCCGCCUCAGCCCGGUGGUCAAGGUCAACAUCGUAGUGAAAAGUCACGCUGACGGCAUGUGCGCCAAGAAGGACGCCUCACCUCUGCGGUCCUCCCCCAAACUGUCACCCCAGGCCAACCAUGGAAAAACACCAGACAAAUCCCAACUGGGGAGCAUCUUACAAAAACACCUGACCAGUCCUCAAAACGGUCAAGGUCAUCAAGAGCAAGAAAGCCCGAAACUGUUUUUCAGCCCAGAAGAGCCUAAGGAGGUGUGGCAACUAAAUGUAACCUGGGGUCCUAGGUCCGAAAGAGGACAUUAAGAAAAGCUGAGGGAAUCUGAAUAGUGUAUAGACUUUAGUUACUAAUAAUGUAAGACGUUAGUUAUCAGUAUUGGUUCGGUCAUGAUAACAGAGGUGCCAUAGACAUGGAAGAUGUUCAAAGGAGGAGAAAAUGGAACGUUUUUGUACCGUCUUCGCUAUUUUUCUGCAAAUCCAAAACUAUUCUAAGAUAAAAUGAUCCUUUAAAAAAAAAAAAAAAAAGUAACAAAGCUAAAAUCAGAAAAAUGGCAGCCCGUUUCCACUGGAAUUUUAGAGGGAAAAACUUACUGUUUGCCAGGGCCAGGGCCAGAGCAAGGGGAGUAAGGCACUCGCGUCAGCCGCAGAAAUUAAGGGCGCCCCAAAAGGUUCUAUUAUCAAUCACACCCAUUUUAGAGCUGCAGAAACCGAGGCUGAGAGGAAAUCACUCGCCCAGGUCCUACAAGGGCUCUUCACCCACAACCUCGGCCUCUGACCUGCAGUUGUGGUCCCGAGCCGACCCCAAAGUUUGAAGGCCAGCGCAGGGCAAAGUCAGCUUUGCCAAGGGUCACGUGUUUGCACGUAGGGCCCUGGCCAGGGUGGGAGACCCCUCCUCAAGGCGCUUCAGCAAGAUCCCCCCAUUCUUUGUUAUUUGGCUGCUGAGUCCGGCCCCUUCCGAGGCCUCUCCCUGGACCCCCGACACUCCCCGGGCACUUUGGGUUCACCGUAUCCCAAAUGGACCAGGUUGUCUUUCCUCAGAAUGGCCGUAUUUCUGUGUCAUCCACCUUUCUUCCUGCCCUGCAUCCAUUGAGCGCCUACUGGACACCAAAGCACUUUGCUAGAAACUCCUCACUGGCCCCUACUGACGAGGCCGCCCCUGUUAUUGCCCCACUUUACAGAUGACAAAAUGGAGGUUCAGAGGGUUUACUUGGUGCCCUGGGAUAAAGAGGCAGAAUCUAGAAGUCGGAGCCUGUUUCCUGCUGGAGCCAGGACAGGGACCUGGGCGACUUUAUUUGUUGGCCCUGGUGGCCAAGUUGAGAACUGCGGCCUGCGUGGAGGGCGGGGUCGGAGGGUGGGGGGCAUCCAGAGCCUCUCUGGGCUUGGGCUUUCAUUUUCCCAGCCUCCAGUCCUUCCUCAGACACCCUGCAUGGUUUCCUAUAGUCCCCUCGGUGGGCCCAGGGACGCUAAGUGAGCCCCGGCUGGGUCACCACAGAGACCCCUAAACACAAUAUCCAGCCUGUUGGGUCAGAGCCAGGCCCUGCCCCUAGUCUUCCACACACCUCUCAGCCUCAGUUUCUCCGGCUUGAGGCUGAAUCAACGGCAGCUUCUGCCUCCUCAGGUCCUGGUACACGUGAACAGCAGGCUGGCAUGCACCAGACGCCCCGUAACUGCUGCUGUCACCCUCAGUUACCUGCAGGGGAGGUGCAGGAACUUGAGAUGGGGUGUCCCAGGCAGCCCUAGCUCUCUGCCCACAGGAACUCAUUCGGGGACACCAAGCCAGAAAAGCUCAACGUUUCAAUUCAGCACAAAUAACCCACCUCUUUCCCGGGAAAUAGAAACUGAAAGCCGAAACUUCUGCCUGCAAAUACCCACUCGAGAGCUUCCAGGUCAAAGGAUUCUCUCGAGCCUUUGUCAUUGGCCAGGAUGGCCGUUAUGUUAAUAAGGGGGCAGCCUCAGCCAAUAGGACAUCCCAGCACCCCCCUAGCUCCUGCCCAAACUCACUCAUUCAGGGGCAGAUCUAGAGGCACCUGCUUUUUACCACUAUUGGCCUGUGCCCAGGACUGACUACUCAGAGUCAAUGGUGCAAGGUCGGAGUCUUGGGUGGCAGAUGUGGCUGGGGGGCUUCCUGAUCCUGGCGGUGCUGGGUCUGUGUGUGGCCCUGGCCAUCUUUAUUGUCAAGGCCAACAGCAAAGCCUGCAAGGAUGGCCUCCUAGCAGAGGAGGAGUGUCAUGGUGUCACCCGCCUCCUGGAGGUCCGGCUAACCCAAGCCUGGGAAAGCUUACUGAGGACCGAGGUCCAGGCUGCCACCUGCAACGAGACUGUGGUAACCCUGUUGGCUUCCCUGGAGAUGGAGAAGGCCCAGAGCCAGGAGUGGCUCGCGAAAGGGGAGGAACUUCGGGGAGAGAUCGAGGAGUUGAAGCACAAGCUGCAGAACGCUUCGGUGGAGGUGGAAAGACUGAGAAAAGGGACUGAGACCUCGAGCAAGAAAAAGGAAGUCGCGUCUGCCAGCUCCUUGAAAGCGCUCAGCCCCUUGGUGGUCUCUGUGCAUCUGCUCCUGGCCUUCGUUGCUCUGCUGGCCUGAGGUCCCUGCGGGCCACAGUCUGGACUGGUCCGUUCCAGCUCUGCUUUUCCCUUGGAGGCUUGACCUGACCUGACCGGUUCUGAAGAGGCCACGCUGUGGCACAGGCAGGGGAAGGGGGGGCCAGGCAGCAGCUGGAGGUACACGGAGAAGCCUUGAGGUUGGACAAACGGGGGAGCUGGCCCAGGGCUGCCUCCCCCUCGGGCCUCCCCGCCCCCUCCCCCUUGCAGCGCUGGGCAGGGCAUGGGAUGGGGAGACCUACUUCUUGCUGUCACGGUUUCUGGAAGCUCACUGUCCUCUGAGGUCUUUGACCUCCU